UUAUACCAUUGUGUUGUGUUGUUAUAUACCAUUGUGUUGUAUACUUUGUUUUAUAUACCAUUGUGUUGUGUUGUUAUAUACCAUUGUGUUGUAUACUUUGUUUUAUAUACCAUUGUGUUGUAUACUUUGUUUUAUAUACCAUUGUGUUGUUUUGUUAAAUACCAUUGUGUUGUAUACUUUGUCUUAUAUACUGUCACAGAUUACAUUAUAGAAUUGUGUGUACAUUUCACAUAUGAAAGUAAUAUAAGCCCUCGACAUGAGACUCAGGAUUUACCCCUCAAAUUUAGACACUUGACAACACGUCAGGAUUUACCCAAGGGACGUGAUUAGUAUGUUUGAAAUCUAUUGGUUGAUUUAAAAUUAAACAAAGACAUUUUUUGAAAAGAGUUAGCGCCAGAGAAUUGGCGGGGUGUAAGAAAGUAACGCCAGUCGAUAAAAUAAUGUCCUUGUAGACAGUCAGGUUUCUAAGAGCUCUGUUUAAAAAGCCUUUGUAAUAUAUUUCAUGCUCAUUGAUUUGUAAUUUGUACAUAAACUGUACUUACGUUGUAUUUAAUAAAGUUCCAGAGUUUUGUUUUAUCAAAGAGUCGUCAAUUGUGAUUCUAGAUCGUCAUUUUUGUUAACAAUUGAAUUCAAGUAAAAUCCCCGGCAUAACAACACAUCGUACCAUCCAAAUGUUGUUACAUCUGGCACUCUCCGACAAAUAAAAGUUCAUGGACAACUUUUAACAAAAUUUAUUCAAGAUCUAGGACCAAUUUCUAAAACUCUUCAAAGGAACUUCAUUCUUAUUUAACGGAGGACAGAGUUUCUGUGUUUAACAGGUCAGUUGGUUAUCGAUAAUUCUUUUAUAAAGAUUUUUGUUAGAGUUACGUCUAACUCACGAAAUCUAUUAUUAUAUGUAAUUGGCAAAAGGAAUAAGACCAAUAUACAUAAUAACUGGCAUUAUAAAAAAGACCAGUAAAGCAAAUAACUGGCAAUAUAAAAGACCAGUAAAGCAAAUAACUGGCAUUAUAAAAAAGACCAGUAAAGCAAAUAACUGGCAAUAUAAAAGACCAGUAAAGCAAAUAACUGGCAUUAUAGUCAUUAUAAAGAAGACCAGUAAAUAAUCAUUUGUCUGGCACAAAGUAAACAGAAGACCAGAUUUAACCAACUGUUAAACCAGUAAAAAGUACUCGGCUCAAUAGAUCUAUAUAUCAAUCAUACGACUCCAGUAACUACAAGUCUACUGUCAAGAAUUUAUUAGCUAAUUGAGGCUUCAAGAACUUUGUCACUAGAUCUAUAUUAUUAUUAUAUCUGAGAUAAAGCCAAAAUCCAGAUAUUGAACAUUUUGCUCCAAUACAAGAAACUAACAAAAAAAUUAAAUAUGGCUUCCAGUUAUAGAACACAACGAUUCUUCGAAUUGAUAGAAUUAGCCAAAGAAAAGCAAAUCCCAAAGUCAGACCAGUGGCAGUGGGCAGAGAAACAAGAAGAAAAAGAAUAUCAAGAGCAAGAAUCUGAAAAACAAAGGCAAGAAGCUGAAAAACAAAGGCAACAUGAAAAAGAAAAAAUGGAAUUCGAAAAACAAAAGAAAGAAAAUAAAGAAAGCAUUCCAACUCAAGGUCACUCAAAUAUGUUUGACAAAUACAGAUUAAUGAACAAAAUAUCGGCUUUCAACGAAAACAUUGACAAUAUGGACUCGUAUCUCAUAAGAUUUGAAGAAAUAGCUACAACAUCCGGUCUACCUGAAGCACAUUGGUCGAGCUCACUCCUCACCCUUUUGACUGGCAAAGCUGUCAACAUUUGCUCACAACUGUCCAUCAAUGAACACAGCACUUACUCUGAUAUCAAGGAAGCUCUACUGCGCCAAUACGGAGCAACUUCAGCCAACUAUAGAAAGAAAUUCUAUAAUGAAAGGCCACAGCAAAAUGAUGAUCCUCAAAUUUUUGUAGCUAAUAUGUCAAUGUGGUUUGAUAGAUGGGUAUCCAUGGCCAAAAUAGAAGAAAGUUACCAAGCUCUUCGUCAACAUAUUAUUAUCGACAAUAUUACCCACGCUCACUCGGAAGAUAUUCAAUCCUACAUUAUAGAGAGAAAUCCUACUGAUAUCCAGACAUUAACCAAGAUCAUCAGACAAUAUAGAGCAGCCUAUCCAAACAAGUCAGUCAAACCAUCUGUUGAAGAAAAUUUUGUCUGCUUUGUUCAAAACAAAAAUGCAAGAUAUAAGUCAGAUGACAAAGUCAAAUGCAACAAAUGUCAUAAACUAGGGCAUUUCACGUCUCAAUGCCGCAGCAGAACCACAGAAUGUUCAUAUUGCCAUAAAAAGGGUCACCAAACUCAUGAAUGUUGGAAAAAACAGGCAGUCUCCAAAAAUCAAAAUUUUGAUAGACCCACAUCACCAACUCAAAGAUACAGCAAUAGAGAGCAAUACAAUCUCAACAAAGCACCUGGAAACAAUAAACCAGAUAACAACAAACCUCGCUACAGAAGUCAUUCACAUGACUCCAGACCACAAUAUAUGCCAAACAGAAGCUCAUAUAACAGAAGCUAUUACAAUGAGCACUCAACUAUGACAGUCAUUGCAAAGUCCAAUGGUCUCAAAUUUUAUCCAGGAUUUGUAGGAGACAAGAAGGUGGAAGUUCUUCGUGACACCGGAAGCACGUCCACAUUAGUACAUGAACGCUUCGUACACGCAAACCGUUUCACAGGCAACCACGUCCAAGUCACUGCAUUCAACGGAACUGUCAGCAAGUUACCUGAAGCCAUCAUUUAUGUUACUACACCAUUCUUCAGUGGUCAAACAAAAGCAUUAGUAACACCCAAUCUACCAGUGGACCUAGUCAUUGGAAACAUAGAAGGAGUUAAAGAAUGCACUCCUCAAGAACUUGCUGAAUGUACAAAUGCCAUAGAGCAAGGUCAAAAAUGUUUGGCAGUAAUGACAAGAUCCAUGUCCAGACAACAAGAACAUUUGGCACCUGAACAAGUUAGCCAAAAUAAUCACAUGGCUACCUCAGUUACUCAAGUUAUGCAGAAUGCAACAGAACCAGUUACUAGUCCAGUAGCCAGCAACAAUCAAGAACACUCAACAUGGACACCCCCAGUUACAUCAAGCCCAUCCCUACCGGUCAUAAGUCCACCUCCAAUUCCCGAAUGUCCAUUGUUGAACUUUGAAGAACAAGACGACAUGCCCAGAGUCUCUAGCAAUGAUACAAGAACUCUAACUGGUCAAACUGAAGUCCAUCAAGACAAGUCAUAUUUCACACAUGAUGACUUCAAAGAAGAACAGAAACGAGAUCCAACAUUGCGAAUACUUUAUCAGAAGGCUCAAGCAAACAAACAGCUGAAUCUACCAAAUAAACCAUAUUUUCAAGAUGACCUCCUGGUGAAAAAUGCCAUGCAUAAAGACAAUUCCAUUCAGCAAAUAAUAGUGCCACAGAAAUACAGGAAAGAAAUACUGGCAACAGGACAUAACAUUCCACACGCCAGCCAUAUGGGCGUAGUCAAAACUAAAGCCAGAAUCCUCAAAGAAUAUUAUUGGCCUAGCUUGAACAAAGAUGUCAAGAAAUACAUUAAUAAAUGUUUACAUUGUCAAUGGGAUCAUGAUGAGAAACAAACUCAAAAGAAAGUCAACAUAACUAAAACAAAGAAUGAACCAGACUACAAAGCCAGAAUUGACAACAAUGAAUCUAGGCAUCAUGACUCAAGUAAAUCUACAGGGACAUCACUGCCUACUACAUGUCCAUCCCUACCCACUACAUGUCCAUCCCUACCUGACAAUAUAAGCCCAUCCCUGCCUAGUACUUUCCCAUCCCUAACCAUUGAAGAUGACUUCAUACAUCAAGACUUGAACAACACUGCAUCUGCAUCAUUACCUACCAAUACUAUGGUAUGCAUUGAACAUUUCUGCUGCAAUCAAGACAAGUCUCAUGAACCAGAAUCAGAAGCAGAUAACAAAGAAAUUUUUAUUCAAUCAACUUUGGCUAUACCAGACAAAAGAAAAACUUUUCAACUUGACUCUACCACUCAUACAAGUAUUCCUCAUCUGAAAGAAUGUGAGUCAACUAAAGAAGCCAUUACAACCAAGAACAUUGAAAGUCAAAGAAUAUUACAUGAACACAUGAAGUCAAGAUAUUUUGCUCAAGGAGAUCAAGUCAAUUUACUGUUACCAGAUUGGAGUAACAAGCUGUUCUACAAAUGGCAAGGUCCAUUUACCAUCACCAGAAAGAUUUCCAACCUGCUUUAUGAAAUCAAUGUCAACAAGGUUACCAGAGUAUUUCAUGUUCAUAUGUUUGAACAUUACCAUGAAACAGAUAAUGAAGACAUCAAAGCAGAAGUUAAACAUUUUACAAGCUUAGCAACUAUUCCUGAGGAAGAAGAAACAUCAUCAACACCCAUUCCUGAGAUAGAUGUUUCAUUACCGACAUCAAAUAACAUUGACAUUCCCAAGGUCAUCACUCUGGAUGACAUAACACUACAAACAGUGAAAGACACUAAAGUGUUUCCAGACCAUGCAGAUUUCUUUACCAGUGUUUCUGAAACAUUUCCAGUACUGCAAUUUGAAAACAACUCAGAGAGCAACAACAUUGACAACACCAAGUUUCAUCCUCCUUCUACUCAAGGGGCAACUUUUCUUCAGAAAGGAACAAAUGAACUUCUUCAACAUUGCUGUAUUGACCGAUUGAACUCAGACAUGUUCAGUCAUUGCUCUAUUGAACAUUCUAAUGCAAAGCAUUCUGCUACCAUUGUUCUACAGCGUCAAAGUUCAUCAACCAGAAAAUUGAGUUUUGGUUUCGGACAGUUCUUAUUUUCACCAAACUCAAACGCGGUUCAAUCAGACAUUAUCUGUGAGAUCAUUAUGACAUGGAGACAACAGCUUCAUAAACUGAAAGACCUUUUCUUCAAGUUUAGAAAAUGCACAUCCAUGUCGGCAAUUCAGAAGGGUUCCGAACUUUACAUUUCUACUCUACAUAUGUACUAUAGCAUAUUUAGUGCCACUUGAUCCAUUAUCAUUCAUACUCGUCAAGGAAGAACAGUAUUCAGUUAUACUUAAUCAAUUAAUUAAUUUGUUUUCUCAUUUUUUCCACAGGAGUUCUAU